GUCACAAGACGAUAAUCUGAGUUAACAUUUGGAAAGGGCGUUACGGAGAGAAUGCAAGUAAAUUUAAUUUAUGACAGUAACGGACCGCCUCACUAGCUGGUAACACAAGGUAUUUUAAUCAGCUGCUAUGUUAAAUCGUGAAGUUGUCGUAAGCUAACGGUAGAUGCCGGGUAUGGGUGAUCUGUGGCAUUCAGUCAUUGUUUUCAAUCAUCUCUGGGCAGUGGCCAGCAUUGUCGGUUCAUCGUGCGCGGCGAGCAUUUAUCGAUUGGAGGAUGUUCUGUGGCCAGAAAUAUCGUUUUAGUGAAAUUGAGCUCUAGGCUACUUAGUUAAGCAAAUUGUUUUCUGUAGUUAGCAGAUAAGCUAGCUGGCUAACGGUAGGUGUAACCUGAAUGCAUGUGAACCAAGAGGACAUUGAACGAUAGCCUAUAAUAUUAUGUCGGACGGAAUUUAUUCUCUUUGGAGUCAACUACUUCUAAUUUAACUACCUAACGCUAACUAGAAAACAAUAUGAACUAAUGUACUUUCGUAACGUAAAUGUGUUGAAGUGGCUCCUUGCCUUAAUGUUAGUUUGAAACCCACAUUGACGUUAACGUUAGAUCCUCACGUUAACGCUACGUUCGCUAAGGAUAGCGUUACUCGGUCAACAUUUUAUGGAUGUCAAGAAUUGUUAACGUUUUGUGAUUUCUACGCAUCUUGGAUUAAACAAAGACAUUGGAGCAGGGCCGAAGUGUCUUCGGUCGUUGAAUGCUCCCAAGUCAGAAGGCUUCAUUAACAUGUUCCGAUUCUGCUAGGCCAUCAAAUAAAGGCAUUGUGCGGCGCAUGGUCAAGACUUCUCUACCAUCGAGGCUGUUUAUAACUCAGUUUGAGCGUGCCUUUGGCGUUGCAUCUUACUAAACAGUGGUUGACGUGAUUCCAGGUUGACCGACAUCGGUAAUGUCAUGAACUGUCGGCGUCUGUCACCUGCUGCGGGAGUGUCCAUCAGAAUUCAACGGACUAACGUUAAGUAGCGAAGUGCGCGACACCUGUGUGCCAAGUUUGAACCAAGUCAACAGUUCAAAACGGUGGAAACAAUGUUGCAGUCCACGGCAAGUUUGGGAUGUGAUGAGGAGAGGGAGGAAGAGCAAGAGGAUGAGGGAGACGAAGAUUUACGGGAUGGAGGAGUCCCAUUUUUCAUAAACCGGAGUGGACUGCCAGUUAAUGACGAGACUUGGGAGCGAAUGUGGCGGCACGUUACCCGUAUACACCCGGACGGCGAUGCAGUGGCGAAGAGGAUACGGGGAGCCGUUGACCUGCCUAAGAUUCCAACACCAAGCGUGCCUACAUACCAGCCAAGCAACAGCAUCCCCCAGCGCCUGGAGGCCAUACAGAGAUACAUCAGGGACUUGCAGUACAAUCACACUGGAACACAGUUUUUUGAAAUCAAGAAAAGCAGGCCUCUCACAGCGUUGAUGGAUAUCGCAAAGGAGAUGACCAGAGAAGCCCUACCAAUCAAAUGUCUGGAAGCCGUGAUCCUUGGAAUUUACCUCACCAACUGCAUGCCCACCGUGGAGCGCUUUCCUCUCAGCUUUAAGACGCAGUUCUCAGGGAGCCACUUCCGCCACAUCGUGCUGGGCAUCCACAGCGGCGGGCGCUUCGGCGCGCUGGGCAUCAGCCGGCGGGAGGACCUCAUGUACAAGCCGCUGGAGUUCCGCACGCUGGCCGACCUGGUGCAGGAGUACCAGGGCGCGUACCAGGGCUACUGGCACACGCUGCGCAAGGUGAAGAUCGGCCAGUACGUGUCACACGACCCUCACAGCGUGGAGCAGAUCGAGUGGAAGCAUUCGGUGCUGGACGUGGACAAGCUGACCAAGGAGGAGCUGCGGAGGGAGCUGGAGAAACACACGCGCGACAUGAGGCUGAAGAUUGGAAAGGCGAUCCCCCCCUCCCCCACCAAAGACCGGAAGAAGGACACUGGCUCACCACUACGGAACCCGGGAAGCCCCAUGCGCCGGAACAGCCGCAGCGAUAGACGGCCGUCAGGGGAGAAGAAGACUCUUGAACCUAAGCCUCCAUCUGACAUGAAUGGAUACCAGAUUAGGGUGUAAUCUGGAGAGGAUGUGCUUUCUGCAUGAAUGGAUACCAGAUUAGGGUGUAAUCUGGAGAGGAUGUGCUUUCUGCUCCAAGUGGAUACCACUGAUGACUUGUUUUUUCUACUUUUUUUACUCUUAUACAGUUGAUUGUGCAGUUGUUAGAACUGUUGGAUUGUUUUUUUAAAACAAUCAACUGAGUAUUUGGUCGUACGUGCUGACCACUAUGGGACUAAUUUGAAGGAAAUACAGAAAAGACAUGUCUUUCCAGUACACAGGGUUUGAGUGAUUAUCAUAUGAGUGUGGCGUUUUGUUGUCUUUAAGCUUUUCCGAAGGUUCUGUACUCUAGUGAUGUCCCCUGGAAAAAACUCUCGCAUCUGCAUGAUGCCACAGAACGCGUCCAGAAUGUCAGACGAUGAACGCUCUCCGUACCUCUUUUAUUCUUUUUUUACUCGUCAUACCUAUAGCCUUUAGCCCUGUUAGAAAGCUUCCAGCAUUUUGGAGAUACAUGUUUCCAUAUCACAUACCUAGUGCCUUUGAAUCCUUGUCACGACGUUCACCCUCAGUGAUAUGGUCUCAUGUUGGAAGCCAAGACAGCAGAAUUCCAGAUAUGCCUCCUUGUUGCAGAUCUAUGUAGUCAUGAAUACCGGUCAGUGUUAGCGGACACGUCUUGCCUCUCUCCAGUGCGGUGUCUACGGCACUCUACUCUCAUCCACUGCACUCCGGUGAAGUUCCGUACCGUACCGUAUAUCGUAGUGACAUAAUGAGCAAGUCCUCCCUCCCUGCCAUCUCAUCUAGGGCUUGGUACGUAGAUUCCGUCCAGGAUGUUCCAGGAAUCCAGGCAGAUUGGCAAGAGGCAGAGUUCACCCCGAUUGGGUAGUCGCGCUCAUUACAUAUCGAUCUUAAAUGGCUGAAGUACAUUUCACAUGGCUACAUGAAUAAAGAUCCAGUUUUUAAGAGACUUGACAAACUGUAGAUCUCAGUAGAACCCUUCUGAUACGAUCUUCACCACCUCAGUCUCUACAUAGAACGCUAGCUCCAACCUUGACAAAUCUCCAUUUCAGAUCUCAGAGGUCUGAAGUCUGAAGGCCGAAUUGUAAUUCAUGAUGCCAUCUGAAAUGUUACUUUCAGCCCUCUAUCAACAGUACCUGUGGUAUCCAGUACCUGUAAUAACCCGUAAAAUGUCCAUUACCAUGUACUAAGCAGCUAUUUUUAAAGUACCCUUUUAAAGUUUUGCAUGGCUGGACAAUUUCCAUGGAUUUCUUUUCCAUGGGAAUUGUUGAUGUGACCUGCCAACCCAAACCAACUAAUCCAAUUAAUUACCAAAGUACCAAAAAGUAGAAAAGAGUGCUCACAAAGGUGUUUUGCAUGCUCUUAACAUUUGCGUUAAACCACAGAUAUAUACCGAUGACUAGAUUCUAAGCCUAUUGCUAUGGUGAAAAUGUUACAUUAUUGUCGAUUAACAAAAGGACAAUCAGAAAUGCUAACAUUUGCCACUUUUCAUUGGGGAAAGCAUUCAAAACAUAGGCUAUUUCCUGUGAGAUGUUGGCACAAUUGUUCAUGUAAUUGUUUGUGUAAUUUCUUCAGAUAAUAAUGACAAAUGCCUUUCCUCCAUACGUCUCCAAAGACUAGAGACCACCUUAGCCCUUGUGCAGACAAUGUCAUGAAGCAAUCUGAUGCGUUGUUGUUUUUCUGCCGUCCCUAUAACUAGUACGUUGCACCAGACUGACAUCAGCAUCCUGCCAGCCUGCGACUAGCAUACGCGCGAUGCUGUUAGAAGACAUGAAUGAAGUCAGAGUUACUCAUUUUAACCACUUUAUACAAUGUUUUUCCAUUGGACAGUUUUUCAGUUGUAUUCUAUUGAAGUGUCUUCACACUGUGCUGUUAGAUUCCCGUAGUGGAUCAAAAUAGAAUUGUAAUAUUGAA